CUGCCGUCUUGCCUCUUCCCCUCCUGCCCUCGCCGGAAAGGGGGCGGCGAAGAGGCAGGGACCGCCGGGAGCCAGGUGUGAAAGCAUCAUGGCGGGCAACAGCUUGGUGCUGCCGGUGGUUCUGUGGGGACGCAAAGCCCCCACUCACUGCGUGUCAGCUGUUCUCUUAAUGGAUGAUGUGUCGAUGAUUGUGACGGGUUGUCAUGAUGGGCAGAUAUGUCUUUGGGACCUUUCGUCAGAUCUGGAAAUAAAUCCCAGAGCUCUGUUGUUUGGUCAUACGGCAUCAGUUACUUGUUUGUCUAAAGCCAGCGCUUCGAGUGAGAAACAGUAUAUAGUCAGUGCAUCGGAAAGUGGGGAGAUGUGCCUCUGGGAUGUGAAUGAUGGAAGAUGCAUUGAAUUUACUAAAUUAGCCUGUACACACACUGGCAUACAGUUCUAUCAGUUUACAGUUGGGACCCAGCGUGAAGGCAGGUUGUUGUGUCAUGGCCAUUAUCCAGAAAUUCUUGUUGUGGAUGCCACAAGCCUUGAGGUCCUUUAUUCCUUGGUGUCAAAAAUCUCUCCUGACUGGAUCAGCUCCAUGAGCAUAAUUCGAUCUCACAGAACACAAGAGGAUACUGUUGUAGCAGUUUCAGUGACAGGCAUUCUGAAAGUGUGGAUAGUAACUUCUGAAGUGAGUCACAUGCAGGAUACGGAACCAAUCUUUGAGGAGGAGUCGAAACCAAUUUACUCUCAGAACUGCCAAAGCAUUUCUUUCUGUGCAUUUACCCAAAGAUCACUUUUGGUAGUGUGCUCCAAAUACUGGAGGGUGUUUGAUGCUGGAGAUUAUUCUCUGUUGUGCUCAGUCCCGAGUGAAAAUGGGCAGACCUGGACGGGAGGUGACUUUGUAUCGGCAGACAAAGUGAUCAUAUGGACAGAAGAUGGUCAAAGUCUUAUCUAUACGCUGCCUGCCAGCUGCUUGCCGGCAAGUGAUACCUUUCGCAGUGAUGUUGGGAAGGUUGUUGAGAAUCUAAACCCUCCUCAGCUCCAUUGUGUCAUGGACAGAGCCGUGGCGAAAUCAGAUAAACAGUUAAUAAUCUGCCCUCCUGUUACUCGGUUCUUCUAUGGCCGCAGGGAGUGUUUCCAUAAACUACUUAUCCAGGGAGAUUCAUCGGGCAGGCUCAGCAUUUGGAGUGUCCCAGAAACACUUGACCAGCAAGAUAUAACAGAAGGGUUGAAAGUGACAACAUCCAAGUCAUUGCAGGAAGCAUUCAACAAACUUGUUCCACGGCCUGCUGGGAUCAUCGAUCAGUUGAGCUUCAUGCCCCACAGUGAAGAGCCGCUUAAAGUCACCGCCAGCGUUUAUAUCCCAGCUCAUGGACGCUUAGUUUGCGGUCGUGAAGAUGGAAGCAUUAUUAUUGUACCAGCCACUCAGACUGCUAUAGUUCAGCUCUUGCAAGAUGAACACAUGCGCAGAAGAGGUUGGCCACCCCAUAGAACUCUGCGGGGUCAUCGGAACAAAGUCACCUGUUUGCUGUAUCCUCACCAGGUCUCCUCUCGGUAUGACCAGAAAUACUUGGUCUCAGGUGGUGUAGAUUUUUCUGUCAUUAUCUGGGACAUCUUUUCUGGAGAAAUGAAACACAUCUUCUGCGUGCAUGGUGGAGAAAUUACACAACUUUUAGUUCCUCCAGAAAACUGCAGUUCAAGAGUUCAGCACUGCGUAUGCUCUGUAGCCAGUGACCACUCAGUAGGACUUCUGAGUUUACGAGAGAAGAAAUGCAUCAUGCUGGCUUCCCGGCAUCUCUUCCCAGUCCACGUAAUAAAAUGGAGGCCAUCUGAUGACUAUCUAGUGGUUGGGUGUUCAGAUGGAUCCGUGUAUGUCUGGCAGAUGGAUACUGGUGCCCUCGACCGCUGUGUCAUGGGAAUAACGGCUGUCGAGAUCUUGAACGCCUGCGACGAGGCUGUGCCUGCUGCCAUGGAUUCCCUCAGCCACCCUGCUGUUAACUUAAAACAGGCCAUGACCAGGCGUAGCCUCGCUGCUUUGAAGAACAUGGCCCAUCAGAAACUGCAGACUCUUGCCACCAAUCUCCUGGCUUCUGAUUCAUCUGACAAAGGAAACUUGCCUAAAUACUCACACAAUUCUCUGAUGGUCCAGGCCCUCAAGACUAACUUAACAGACCCAGAUGUCCACGUGCUCUUCUUUGAUGUGGAAGCUCUGAUUAUUCAGCUACUAACUGAAGAAGCCUCCAGGCCUAACACAGCCCUUAUUUCCCCAGAGAAUUUGCAGAAAGCAUCUGGCAGUUCUGACAAAGGGGGUUCCUUCCAGGCUGGCAAACGAGCAGCCGUCCUGUUCCAGCAGGUUAAAGAAACAAUCAAAGAAAACAUAAAAGAACAUCUCCUCGACGAGGAUGAUGAAGAUGAUGAGUCCAGGCAGAGAAGAGAAGAUAGUGACCCAGAAUACCGGUCCAGCAAAUCUAAGCCAUUGACUCUUUUAGAAUAUAACCUAACCAUGGACACAGCCAAGCUGUUUAUGUCAUGCCUUCAUGCUUGGGGCUUGAAUGGUGAUCUAGAUGAGCUUUGCGGUGAACGCCUGGGGAUGCUGAAGCCACACUGCUCAGUCUCUUUUGGCUUGCUUUCAAGGGGAGGCCACAUGUCUCUGAUGCUUCCGGGAUACAAUCAGCCUAUAGGCAAGGUACCGUCUGCUGAUGCAGAGGUUGGAAUGUCCGUGUCCCUCACGGAGGGACACGUCAGGGGUACGUAUGGCAUAUCACGGGCAGUGACUACUCAGCACCUUCUCUCCAUUAUCUCCCUGGCGAACACUUUGAUGAGUAUGACGAAUGCAACAUUUAUUGGAGACCAUAUGAAGAAGGGACCAGUCAGGCCCCCUCGGCCAGGGACUCCUGAGCUUGCCAAAGUGAAGAUGCCUGCUCCACCUGCCAGUCCAGCAUCUCAAGGGCUGAUUAAACAAGCGGUUGUUCCUGCUGUUACUGCUAGCACUGAAGCUGGUCUCUGUGGCUCUGAUACUGCUCCUCCUUUCAAUACCUGUUUCUUAGUAAAUGAAGGAUGGAGUCAGCUUGCCGCAAUGCACUGUGUGAUGCUUCCGGACUUGUUGGGCCUGGAUAAAUUUAGACCGCCUCUCCUUGAAAUGUUGGCUCGUAGAUGGCAAGAUCGAUGCUUGGAGGUGAGAGAAGCUGCCCAGGCCUUGCUGUUAGCAGAACUGAGAAGAAUUGAACAGGCAGGCAGGAAGGAAACAAUUGAUAUCUGGGCUCCUUACUUACCACAGUACAUGGACAGUGUUAUAUCACCUGGAGUGACCACAGAAGCCAUUCAGACUGCUACAGCUAGUCCAGAACAGUCAGGAUCAGAAAUCAAAACUCAAGAAGAAGAACAUGAUUUGGCUGAUGACGACAUCUCGGCAGGUUCUCUUUCUGGAUUUCCACAAAUGAAAAAAAUAUCUAUGUCUUACGAAGAGAGGCGCAAGCAAGCCACGGCUAUUGUUCUGCUAGGAGUAAUCGGAGCUGAGUUUGGAGCAGAAAUCGAACCUCCAAAAUUGUUGACCAGACCACGCAGUUCCAGUCAGAUUCCUGAAGGCUUUGGCUCAACUAGCGGUGGAUCCAACUAUUCUUUGGCAAGGCAUACUUGCAAGGCUUUGACUUAUCUUCUGCUUCAGCCUCCCAGCCCCAGACUUCCUCCGCACAGCACCAUCAGAAGAACUGCCAUUGAUCUCAUAGGACGAGGGUUCACAGUGUGGGAGCCCUAUAUGGACGUGUCUGCUGUGUUGAUGGGCCUGUUAGAGCUCUGUGCAGAUGCCGAGAAGCAACUUGCUAACAUCACAAUGGGACUGCCUCUGAGUCCGGCCGCUGACUCCGCCCGCUCUGCACGACACGCUCUCUCGCUCAUUGCCACGGCCAGACCACCCGCCUUCAUAACAACCAUCGCCAAAGAGGUGCACAGGCACACGGCUCUUCAAGCAAACACUCAGUCCCAGCAGAACGUUCAUACCACAACUUUGGCUCGGGCGAAGGGAGAGAUUCUGAGGAUCAUUGAAAUACUUAUAGAAAAGAUGCCCACUGACGUUGCGGAGCUUAUUGUGGAGGUGAUGGACAUCCUCAUGUAUUGUCUGGAAGGCUCGCUAGUCAAGAAGAAAGGCCUUCAAGAGUGCUUUCCAGCCAUCUGCAGGUUCUACAUGGUCAGCUAUUACGAGCGGAGUCACCGAAUAGCGGUUGGAUCUCGCUUGGGUUCAGUGGCCCUCUACGACAUCCGGACUGGAAAAUGUCAGACCAUCCAUGGCCACCAGGGGCCCAUAACAGCUGUGGCAUUUGCUCCUGACGGACGGUAUCUUGCCACUUACUCAAACAAAGACAGUCACAUCUCCUUUUGGCAGAUGAACACCUCUCUUUUGGGAAGCAUUGGAAUGCUGAAUUCUGCACCGCAACUUCGCUGCAUUAAAACGUACCAAGUGCCCCCCGUCCAGACGGCAUCCCCAGGCACCCACAGUGCCCUCAAGCUGGCCAGGCUCAUCUGGACUUCCAACCGCAAUGUUAUCCUUAUGGCGCACGAUGGCAAAGAACAUCGGUUUGUGGUGUAGAGCUGGGAGGCAGGAAUUCCUCUCUCGAAAUACAGUUUUGUUUUAAAAUUCCCAGUAAAAUUCUCUCCUCCUCUGUGAUCUUAACCAUGCCAGUGACCGUAAAAGUUGUCUAACAGGAUCAGCCCAGGACAUUUUUAUCCUGCUUAGCUCUCUGGAGCAGAGCCCUGUUUUAAGCAGUCUGUUAACUUGGAGGUGUGCACACUAACUCAGCAGUCCAGAUCAGUGUGUGGUUUGAAUCACAGCUACAAGUUAUGAGUUGUGGCUUCUCCGGCAAGAGUAUGGAAGACCUUAAUUUGGCAUUUUAAAAAAAAUGGCCUGAAUCUCAGGUCACUUUAAGAAAAGCUGAAAUAAUUCACCAAACUUAAAUUUUUAAAAAAAAUGUUUGCAAUAUUUAAAAUCUUGAUGUUUACUGAAAGCUUAUAUGUUUACAUUGACGUUCUUCCAGCAGCUGUUGGAGGAUCGCUGGCUUUGCAAUUUUGGGCCAUGCUCCAAAUCUCUGGGGGUCCUGCGGCAAGCACAUGCAGCUUCACAGAUGCAAUCUUUUUGCUUUCUCAACUUGCAGAAGAGAACCCCCCCCCUCCAGUCCCCCCUGUGAGCACAGGAGCUCCCAUGUGCCUGUUGCAGCUGACGGUUCACAGCAUUAAAAAGUUGUGCCUAUCAGGUUUAGGAUUUCAUAAGAGAAUAGAUACGAAGGGGAGAAAUUUCUACUUGCUUUGAGAAUCAGCAUGCUUCUUCGUGUACAUUCCGGAUUUGGGGAUGGUAGUAUGCUUUAAUGAAUGAAGAAGAAACCAUUUUAAGUAUGUUAGGGAAGGAAAAAAUGAUAUUGUCAUGGUGGGAAAUUUGAGAACAUAAAACUUUGAGAAGAAAAGUUAGGAGAACAGUAUGAAUAUCAUUAUUUUCUAGGAGUGCUAAUGUAGUUGUAUCCAAGGCUUUUCUUUCUCCCCCUGCACGGGAUCUGGCAUGGGCACAAAGACCCUUCAUAUUUUUUUUUUAACUAUGUAAAACUAAUCAUGAUGUAGCACAUUUUCAACAUUUCGAUAUUAACGAAGAACAGAGAUGUAAGAGUUGGGAAUAUAUAGUGACACAAACUUUUGACAAUUACUGCAAGAAACAAAAAAGUUAACUAGAAUCCAGUUUCAAUAUUUUUCUGCAUUUUCUUUAUGAUGAUCCAAUUGUAAUGUAAACAACUGAUAUUCAUAUAUACCUCCCAUGCCCUAUGUCUUGCGUAUUUAUUUUUGUGUGAAUUUUGUUCACAUCGAAGGACAAAAAUGGUGUAGAAAAUGUUUUAUUUAAACACUGCUGUAUAUAUGUGCGUUUUCAGUGCUUCUAGCUUGCAUUCUCUUUGCCUUGGAAAACGUGCAGAAAGAACACUCUUAAUGCAGACAAACUCAACAUAAGUAGAGUCUGUAGAAAAUUUGAAACUAGACUUUGAAGUAAUAAAUAAAAGGGCAUAAUAGAUUCUAAAUGUAGAACACAUUGGGGGCAUUUCUUUUGUGCAGUCCCCCUUGAAAUGAAUGAAAGUUGUUCAAGAGUAUUACAGAAUCCUUUCUCUGUUUCAGUGGGCCUUACAAUGGAGAAGUUCAUGGUAGCGUGCAUAAUAAUUGAUUUUUUA